CUCUCCGUACGUCGCGCUCCAACCUGGACGUGAAUGCCUCGGGCCGACUGUUGUGUGCGCGUUUCGCGAACACCCGCGCGUGAGUGCUCCUCUCCUUGUGUAUGAGUGUCGCUCUCUCUCUCGCUCUCUUUAUCUCGAAUCGUGUGCGUGCCUAUGUUUGCCUGUGUCCGAGAGUUCGUAUGCCAAAUGUGUGCAAUUAUUCGUGCAUUUAACGAGUCAGAGAUCCAGCCCGUUUUCGCACUCCCAUGCGGACACCCUUUGCUGUUGUUUUUAUCGUAGAUGCUCCCGAGCUUCGCUCAAACGCUGCUCAAAAGUUCGCACGUCGCGUGUUAAAGAUGCAUUAGUGGAUUAGCGACGAUACUCCUCCAUCUACCUCGAGCCGUGGCUCGCUUUAGCGAACGACGAACAGCCGCUUCUCUACACGAGCUUUCCAGACCUCCGAGACUUCACGCUUCGCCUCUCUAUCGCCAAUAAGCUGGAAGCUCAACUCCAGUGACUUUCGGUGGACGAAAACAAUGUUGUUCAACCACAUGCUCGUGUUUGUUUAUAUUUUUUUAAGUUGGACGUUCCUCUCGAAUGUUUUGUAAAAAUGAGUCUCUGUUGUGGCUCACAAUGGCGUAUGAAUAAAGAGGUGUAAAUAUGCACUUUCAGUUGGAACGAUAGCGAUAAAUGUGAGAGCGUCGACGUGCACGUUUGAACGAGGGAUUGAAAAGGGUCUGGUCUGCUCAGAAUUGAGGAUGGACCGCCGUUUCGGUUCGAUGUACAAAAGGGACAUGAGCGAGACGAGAUUGUCGCGAUACCGUCGGAAUUUCGAGUGGUCAAAGUUCCCGGCGGGCGUAUGGAGCAUUUUCAUACCCGUUGAAUCGGUCUCGUCGUCAUGCCGCGAGCGAAUCGGCCUGAGGGCGCUUCCAAAGUUCUUCCUUUAAAUUGUAUCCUCCGACCGAGCGACUCGCGAGCCUGUGAUUAGUGCGCGUAACCGGUGGAGAAAAUAUAACACGACGGAUCGGUGAAAGUGAAUUUAAAAAUAAACACUGCGCGGGGAGUGGCCGGGCCAGCGGAAAUAUCCGCAGGGAGAAAAUGCAUCACGGAACAGCAUACGGCACCGGGCCGCAGGAGCGCGUACACCAGGUACCGAGGACAGCCACCGGCACUCUCGAAAGUACAAAAUGCCCGUACGAAACUUAUCAGGCUCAAAUACCCGACUGCUGCGCUGCUGCUGCCGCUGUCCAAGACCCUUAUCCGAGACCACCGAGCGGCUAUGACGGUCGCUGUUACAACGACUGUCCUGGAGUCAGAGCUCCGUAUCAGGAUGAAUCGUACGCCCAGGACGUUCCAGGUGGUCUGCAUCGGCCCCAGUCGAGGCUCGGGUACGACGAGCGGCCCCAAUCUCGAGUCGAUUACACCUCCGAGUCGAGGUGCGCAAGUAGGCUCGGCUACGACGACACGGGCGGGGGUUACUUGGAUCAGAGCGAUCCGAGAAUGUAUUGCACCGGUAGCUACUGCAUGGGCGACACGAUGAUGGCGACAGCCAGAGGCGUUUGCGGCGAGGAGGUUGAGCUCGACAUGCGAAGACACAUACAAGCUUGCGCCUGCACUUGCAAUCACAUGGGUUACGGGAAUUACAUGGACUAUCAGACAACGUGCCUAACAGAACUGCCAGACGUUGCACCGUGCAACGGAACAGUGCGAUUGCCACCGCCCUGCGAAGACUCACCGAGCAGCGGAAGUAGUAAAGACCGCAGGGAUCAGACCCCUCGGAAGAGAUGCCGCGUAUUAGCGCCUAUUCUACUACUCGUCGGUGCUCUUCUUCUCGGUGGCUUAUGCUUACCUCUCUUGUUACAAUCGGCGCCUGCCACUCACCAACAAAGGCUCGACGUUAUCAGAAGGAUUCUCACCGAAGUUCCUCUCAUCGAUGGGCACAACGACCUGCCGUGGAACGUCCGAAAAUUCGUGCACAAUCAACUAGGCGAGGUGAACCUGAGUAGCGAUCUCGGACGAGUCGAUCCUUGGGCCCGAUCCGAUUGGAGUCACACCGACAUCCCGAGAUUACGGGCCGGACUCGUCGGAGCGCAAUUCUGGUCAGCGUACGUACCAUGCGGAGCGGCCCAAUUGAACGCGGUUCAAUUAUCACUUGAGCAAAUCGACGUGAUUCGGAGGCUAGCUGAAAUGAAUGCUCAACACUUGACCCUCGUAACAUCGGUCAGAGGUUUAAUCGAGGCCCAUCGAGAGGGCAAGAUCGCAAGUCUAAUCGGAGUGGAGGGUGGUCACUCUCUCGGGAACAGCCUCGGAGUCCUUAGAACGUUUUAUGGUCUGGGGGCUCGGUACCUGACGCUCACUCACGCCUGCGACACGUCCUGGGCAGUCUGUUCUGUUGGCGAGACGAACAGUACGCAGGACCACAUCCCGGGCCUGAGCGAAUUUGGGAAGGCGGUCGUGAGAGAGCUGAACAGACUGGGAAUGCUCGUCGAUCUGUCUCACGUUUCAACGAGGACCAUGAGAGCGGCGCUGCAGACUACGAGGGCACCGGUGAUUUUCUCUCACAGCGCGGCUCGUGCGCUCUGCAAUUCCAGCAGAAAUGUGCCAGACGACGUGCUCAGAAAUCUGGCGAAAAACGGAGGCGUUGCGAUGAUCCCUUUUUAUACGUACUUCAUAACGUGUAACAACACAGCGACAAUCAAGGACGUGAUCGCACACAUAAACCACAUAAGAAAAAUAGCGGGCAUCGAUCACGUCGGUAUCGGGGCGGGAUUCGACGGCAUAAACUUCACCCCAACUGGACUCGAGGACGUGUCGAGGUAUCCUCAACUAUUGGCGACUCUUCUCGAGGAUCCAACAUGGUCCGAGGACGACAUAAAAAAGCUCGCCGGCCUCAAUCUGCUAAGAGUGUUUGCCAGAGUCGAGCAGGUGCGCGACGAGUGGCAAAGAGCCGCUGUGUUACCGGUCGAGAAAAUAAGUCCUCCGGAUAAUUCAGCCUGUGCGUACGGUUCGUCCUGAUCCGUUUUGCGGAGCGUCGUCCCAGGAUUUUUAGAUUGGUCAAACUCGAUGAAGAUACGUCACGGACUGGAGGAGCUGAGGACUCGUGCUUACGUGAGACUCGACGAUAUUGGGCAGCUCCGCGGUCGCAUCCUAUGAAACUUCUGCCAAAAAUUCCUUCGUUCCUGCUCCUACUUCUUCAUUUCUUCCGAGCGUUAUCAUUUUUAUAUAUCUUACGACCAUUCCGGACUAUUGCGAUAAAGACGGAAGAAAAAACGGCCAGAAAUCGCAAAUUCUUCCUGCAAACGACAAAUCUUCGUUUGACUUCCAAGUUUCUUGGAUUUUUGCUUCCUCUUUCAAUGACAAUUACUCGAUCCGUUUCUCUCUCGAUCUCCGGAUACUUCGAGUACGACUGAAUAGUUUAUUUAACUCAACAAUCGAUUCUAACGUUUAUUUGUUUUUGAACAUCAAUUAUUCCAACGACUGACUGAAGAUUUUUCAUUUUUUGAAUUCUCACUCCCUCCCCCUCUCUGUCACGAUUUCCACGAUUUUGUCAACUUUGACAAUUUCGUUGUCACGCUGCAAGGUACAUUGAACCAGGAAGUAAAUAUCUCGUGAAAACUGAUGAUUGAAAAAAAUUGAAAAGCGAAUCACGCGAAUAUUGUAACGAAGCCAAAGAAUUCAUAGAUUUCGUAGACUGACAAACGAACCACUGAGAAUUCUGUGAAAGGAGUAUACCGAUAUCAACUAUGACGAAGGUUAACGAUAAUUUUCGCCGUUCAACUGCCAAUUUCUUUGACUGUUACGAAUCCGAGAUGGUGUAUUGUAAAAUGUGAGUGUGCGUGUGUGUGCGUUUAUGAGAAUGAGGCUAAAAAUCGUGUGAGAAAACCGAGUUUUCGGAGGUGAUAAAAGAUGAUGGGAUCGAGAAAAAAAAGCGUGUAAGAAUGACGAAGGCGUUGUUGAAACUUCGUGAAGGGAGAAAUCGGAGUGAAGGAUAACUCGAAAUGCAGCAGCUGGAUGAGGGGGGCGAGAGUCAACGGAAAAGAGCGAGGGACGCGCGUAGGCAAAGCAAAAGCAAAGUUGUGGAUUAUUGAAUUCUCUUAACCCUCCCAAUCGAUCGAGCAGACUGAACGAUGCGAACUCGAUUAGGCGCCAUCCACGCUCGAUGAACUUUGGCUCUUUCACCCACCCACCAAAACCACCGUUCCCGACGUUUCUCUCCUUCGUCUUAUUCGAUUAACGGACUCACUCUGUGCGCUACACGCCGAAAGGAAUCACAUGCAGCAAAGCAAUAUUCAGCGAUUAACUGUCCAGUGCUGCCACCUUUUUUCCCUUCUUCUUACUAAUCAACUUUACAAUCUCAUUUUCACCUAUUCGGCGUUUUGCUUAAAGAUUUUUCUGGUGAUGCUCGAAAACGUUCAUUUCAGUGAAGAAAAACACUUUCGUGGAGCUGCCACGAUCUCUUUGAAGGCUUCCAAACCACUUUUUAUUGCUCUUGGCUUAUUUUUUAUUUCUUAAUCUCAUUUCCCUUCCUCAGGCAUUCCAUUCUUUUCUCACACAUUCCACGACUCACUGAUUUUUCUCAACAAUCAUUUUCUUCGCGAUUGAGAGACAAAGUAAAGCAUCAUUUUAAUGCCGUGAUCGAUUUCUUGGAUCGGUCAACUUGUCGUACUGUAAUCCACUGUGCAAUGUCGGAAUACGCGAGCUCUCUUGCGUCUAUCAAUGUGAAAUGAUAAAAAAAUCAUUUUAAAAAAAUGAAAAAAAAAAAUAAAAAGAAAAGAAAUACGAAAUAUACGAAAGAGGAGAAAAUACGAUCCGGGCGUGCAGCCUCGAGCCUUGUCGCAAUAUAAUGUAAGAUGAAAAAUUAAAAAAAUGAGAGCAAGAAGAAGUAAGAAAAAAUAAGAUACAAAAACAUGUGAUUUUUUCCAACGUGUAUUUUACACAUUUUUUCAUCUUUCGGAGCUUUUUCUCCGAGUCGCGGUUACAUUUUGUAAUGGCUGUCGAGAUUUAUUGAACAGCAAAACAUUUGAUAAAUGCUAAUUGGGUAUCUUAACGAUAAUGCAAUUAAUCGACGUUUCAAUCUCGGCGCUUACAGCAAUGAACAAUUACAUCACCGAGAACAAAUUUAUAAUAUUAAAAAUACAUUUGUAACGUGUGUGAUCGAGGGAGAGCGAAAUAUUGAGUAUUGCGACUACAGGACUGUUCGAAAACACUGUUUUUUUUUUACUUUCUCCUCGACACCGAUCGAGCUCGACGCGAAAGAUCCGAAUCGCUUGAAAUUCGUAACGAACCUUCGAAGUUAUCCUCGAGUUUGGUUGUGUCGAGAAAAAUAACAAAAAUUUUAUGCAAAAGGAUGAACAAAAAUACGAUUUUUCGAUAAUUCAAUUAGCCAUUCGAUGCACCAAAAAUAAACAAGGGAUUGCGUAUACUUAUAAGCCUUUACUGACUAUUUAUCUUGCAUGCAUAGUUCGAUAUCAUUCUACACACAGCAAGAAUUUCAGUCGUUGACGAAAUUCAGCAGAAUCAAUCGUUUCCUUUCAUUAGCCGAAAAACUUGAAAUGUUUGGCUUCCACGCGUUUGUGAAAUGAAAAACGAAGAAAAAAAAGAAACAAGAGAAAAUUGAAUGAAUUUAUUGGAAUGUUUCUAGAACAAUUGAAUGACAGGAUUUUUUAGAUUUUUCUAAAUCAGUUUGUCGAGGCUGGUUUUUCGAAUUCCGGCGUAAGCGAACGCGAUAUUCAAAGUGACUCGAUGACUGAGAGCAAUUCACCUCGCCAAAUUUUCACAUUCAAGUAAAUUUUUACUUCCACUUAACAAAAUGAUGAAAAUAUCGUUGCUAUCUGGAGGCGAAGACUUUUAUAAGUAGAUUCAGCUAAAUAAUUCCGUUCUCUUAUCGACGGAGGCUCGCGAGAAAGCAUUUUGUCGAGCCGCCAUAGAGAACACUGAGUUGACUUCGAAGAGCCUCGAGUUUCCAAGUGUAUUCCAAAGGUCAUAACUGAUUCGUUGAAGCAAGUUAAUUCCUCUGAUUUUCUUCCCCUUCGAUGAUUGUGCAGGUGAAUGGAAAGAAAAAAGAAACAAACGAGAAUGCGAUUAAUCAAAGCGAGAACAAAAACGAUGUUGAAAGGAUUGAAAGUACACGAGGGGAUAGUCAAAUUCCACGAUAAAAACGUAGGAAAUUAAGAAUAAAGAUAGCGAGAGUUUCGUGUAGAUGAUUUUAAAGAAAUUGAAACAAAUAAGAAACCAAAAAACCGUAGUAAAGAAUUAUACGAAAAAAAAAGUCGAGAAGAUAAAGAAGAAACGACAUUAAAAAAAAAAAAAUCCAAAAAAAUUCAAAAAAAAUCCAAAAAAAUGGAGAAUCUAACAAAUAAAAAGUCCAGGUGUGAAGGACCAGUGCGAUGACGGAUUGCUGGUAGGCCAGCACCGAAACAAUUAUAAUUACAAAGGCAAAGAAAAAAUAAACAAAAAUUUAGAAACUUUUCCGCCUCGCGGAAGUGUUCAAUGCGCAGGAACGUUUAGUAAACAAAAAAAAAUAAACGAAGCAAACAUUUCUUCGUCUUUUCACUUAUAAAAUAAAAAGAGAGAGAGAGAGAGAGAAAGAAAGAGAAAAAAAAUGGAAAAAGUGAAAACAUAAAUCCUCGGUGUGAGGACAAAAUUGAUUACAAAUAUAACCAAUUAAUAAAGAAAAUUCAUAAACGUAAUAAUAAACAACACACAACUGCCUAGAUCUCAGAUUAACAUUAUACUAAUUAAUAAUAAGUCCAAACGCACAAAGGACAAGUUUGGAGACGUAUAUAGAUAUUAUAAGUAGAUAUGAACAUACAUGCAUAUAUAUACAUACAUACACAUAUGUAUAUGUGUAAUUAUCGUAAGUACGUAUAUGUAAAUAAUGAAAGAAAAAAGAAAAGAAGCCUUUCACUCGACUCUCGAGAGGCUUGACGAUGAGAAAAUUUUUAUUAAGUGCUAAUCAAGAGUCUGGCUUUGAUAAAAGCGUACCCACGACUAGAUUACUAUAGAGAUAUAUAUGGAGAAAUUGUAUCUCACGAUGAUUACUUAAACGAUUGAGAGAGAGAGAGAGAAAGAGAGAGAGAGAGAGAGAGAGAGAGUGCGUGCGCGUGAGGGCUCUUUGCCUGGCUGUUUUAAGGGUGAAUGCUCAUUGAGAGAUCCAACAAAACCAACCCAAAAUGACAUAUAUAUUAAUAUAUAAUAUAUAUAUAUAUAUAUAUAUAUAUAUUAUGUAUUAUAAACAUUCACACACACAUACACAUACACACAGACUCGAAGGGACAUAUUGUGCGAAGUAGAUUUGUUUGGAUAGAAAAAUGUCGAAAAAAUUUCGCGAAUAAACUCUGUAAAGUUAUUCCAUCGCGAGUUUCUCAACGUAUAUAUGCGCGUGUGUGAGAGUGUGGGGGGCUGCUUGCGGGGAACUGUUCGAACGCGUUUAAAUGAUGACACUGUGAGAGUCAAGACACGUUACUCCAUUCGAAAAGAGUGAUUAUCACUCGAGGAAUUAGAACGAGGUUAAGGAAUAUUGAUCUUUUAAGCUUCCUAAUAUGCAAUCGAAAAAUAAAUCCUUGUAAAUGCACGCGUACACGCAGACCUUUUUUGUCAGCAAAGCAAUCUUUCCUCGGGUCUCGCAAUACUUUUUUAAAUCGAUUUUCAAAUGGCGAUUCUUCUCAAUUUUCGUUGGUGCUUCUUGACGCUCUUGAAACUUUGUUUAGUCACUUCUGGGACGUUCGUACGAUGAAAGUUGUUCGGUUUUUUUCCUAAAUUGUAAAUGCGGAGCUCGCUGUUUGGUUUCCGAUACUUUUCCCAUCACUUCUCGUGCCAAAUGUUUCUUCCUACGGUUCAGUCUCGGCUGAACACUUUGCAAGGAAUUAUUGGGCGAAAAAAUACUGAAUUGCUGAAUUCGCUGGAAUGGGGCUUAGAAAAUUCGACGAAGCUUGACGAAUCGCUGGAAUAUUCGUGGACUAAUAACGAAUUUCGGAGUCUGAGAGAGCAAACGUCGAGAAUUGCCUGAUUGCUGACGAGAAAAUGAGAGCCGUGUACGCGUGUGAAAUUUCGACGAGACGCACGUGACAAUACGGCAGAAGCCUGCUGUUCUAACUCGCUCAGCGCUCAAUCCACAAAUCGACGAGACUCUAUUCUGGAAAAAUAGUUUAAAGAAUCGUUUGACGAAGGAGGCGAAACAAGGGGAAAAAGCGGAGUAGAGAUCGCCCGCGCCUUAAUUUUCGGAGGGCGGAGAGUCGCACGGAAAUUGUCACGCGUCCUCCGUCAACAAAGAUUAGACAAAUCCUUAGUGAAGAAAGCAACAAAGUGAAAAAUAACGAAAAUAAAGAUUCAGAAAUUGAAUUAGUUAGCGCGGAAUAAACUUUAGGUCGCGGGGACCCGGAUGGGGGGACUAUGAAAAAAAUUAAGUAACUCACACCCACAGACACACGCUCUUAGCUGAUAAACUAUUUAAACAGACAUAAGUUUCAGUUUUCGUUUGAUGUUAGACGUACAAGAGGGAAAAUGCCCCAUUCCAAUGCAAAUAUAGGAUUGAUGGAAAUCGAGCGGUGACUGUGAAGCCAAAAUGUUCACUCCCUCGCCAGAUAACUCAUUCGAAAAUCCCCCAUUUAAAAAAAAACCCCCAAAAUACUAAAUUACGAAACCCCCAGCAAUGAAAUACGAAUUGACAAAUUUCUUGGAUCGAGCAGCGACGAGUUUGACGCUGCCAAAUUGCCAAAAGGAAUCCCGAAACCCUUCGAAUCGUUGGGAACCAACCUCCCAAUGUUUCUUCCCAAAAGAAGGAAAAUCAAAGGCCCAAAAUGGGAAAAUAAUCACUGAAAAUUUGAGCUCGAUUUCUUGCACAGUCAAUUGCACUUCGUCUGGUCAUAUACUCAUCUCUCUCGCGUAAUGGUUGUGUAAAGGAGGCCGAGCGUAAAUAAAUGUUUCGUUGUUUUCGACAUCCUCAAUUGAGUCGCUUUUCCAAGUGCAAUAUCGCGUACGACGACUACGACGAUGACGAGAGAAAAGCGAACGAAAAGAAACUUGUGUAAGUGAGAGAGAAAGCGUGCUGGUGUAACUAGAAAAUAUAAAUAUAUGUGGGAGAGAAUGGAAUGCGUGAUGGGCUGUCGACGAAGAGAUAUGCACGAUUUAAUUCCGUUCCGAUUGCUCUUUUCAUUCGUUCACUCGUUUCGAUCAUUUUUUUUUCUUCGACGAAGCUUUUAUGCUUAUUUUCAUUGCACAUUCGUCGCCACGAUGGAAAAGCGAGAUUUGGAGUGGAAAAGAAUUUUAACUGUGUUACCUUAGACGACAUUGCUGGAACAAUGAUUUGUACGCCUUCUAUGAAGGACCCUAGAUGAACAUUAUGUUACCUAAUACCACGUAAGCACUUAUUAUCUAAUAAAUAUUAUUUACAAAAGGUGAA